AUCUAAUCAAUAUUUAUGAGCUACGCCAUCGCCCCGCCUCUACUCGCUGGGCGUGCUGGGUAACCGGAAGCAGCGUUGCACGUUGACAUUGUGAGGCGUCCGACACUCAGAGCAGAGAUAGAAAAAGUGAGGAUUAUGGGAGCUUCAUUGUCCGGUCCUGCCUCCACAGUUAGGGCAGAGGCUACAAUGGCAGUGCCUCAUUUUGGGGGGGUGUCCCCACCCCCUGGAUGUCCCAUGCAUCAAGAGCCCCCCAAAAGCUCUCCACCGCCUGAGUGCCCAAUGCAUCAGGCUGAGACGGCACCGGCCGGACCAGUGCAUCAGGACCGAGCCUACGAGUUUGUCCAAUGUCCCAUGAGAGCUGCUGAUGGAGCCAUCGAUCCCACUAACAUGAUGCCUCCUCCAAACCAGGUGCCUGCCCCUGACCAGCCCUUCCCUCUGUCCAUGAACAGAGAAGAGUCUAAAAUCCCUCGAUCAGGCACAGAAAAGAACUGGGUCUAUCCUUCUGAACAGAUGUUUUGGAAUGCCAUGCUGCGGAAGGGGUGGCGCUGGAAGGACGAUAAUCUUGCACCUGAAGACAUGUCCAACAUAAUCAAAAUCCACAAUCGUAACAACGAUCAAGCCUGGCAGGAAAUCCUGAAGUGGGAAGCACUGCAUGCUGGCGAGUGUCCAUGUGGCCCAUCUCUUAAAAGAUUCGGAGGCAAAGCAAAAGAGUUUUCUCCAAGAGCCAGAAUACGAUACUGGAUGGGAUAUGAAUUACCUUACGAUCGACACGACUGGAUCGUAGAUCGUUGUGGAAAGGAAGUCCGCUAUGUCAUCGACUACUACGAUGGGGACAUUGAUAAAGACUCUUACCAGUUCUCUAUCCUGGAUGUGCGUCCAGCCAUUGACUCUCUAGAGGCUGUUUGGGAUCGAAUGAAAGUGGCGUGUUGGCGCUGGACAUCAUAGAGUUCAUCUUAACACAAUUUUAACAUUUCUGUACAAAAAAUAUAACAUCAAACAAACUUCAAAUGUGCAAAUUAUUGCCCAGCAAUGCAAUAACAAUGACUUAUUGGUCAUAAAUGUUCUUAUUUGGAGAGCAUAAUGAAUCAGUGUUUGUUUUUCUUGGUUUAUGGUUGCUGAUGAAGUUCUGCAUUCAUUAUCAGAUUUGCUCAGUGAAACGACAAGUGUUUAAUUUCCUACUUGUUCAGUGAAUGCUAUUAAAUCGGAACAACUAUCUGAUCUUGCUCAGUGGUUGAACACAUCUGGUGGUUGUUUUCUUUCAAAGGCUGAUUAUUGAGUGUUUUAGCUGAUGUGUGGUGAAAGAUUUAGCAGCUGUUAUAGCUUAUUUGUAGCUCAGUGAAAAUGGUUCAGUGGUCUGUGUUCUUUGCUUAUGAAUGUAAUUGAUCUGCCACAUUGAAUGAAGCAUAUGAAAUUAGCUUUAGUUCAACUUGUCCACUUUUUCUCCCAUACUCAUCUUGCGAACUGUCACAACUGUUUCAGCUUUGAAACACUCUCUGGGUUUAUUUAUUUUGCAGAAAUGGUUGCAUUAUUGUCUGUGUAUAUACUUAAGUGCUGCUGUCUGUGCUCACUAUGAGUGAGGUUUUUCUAAAGACUUUUAUCCCCUGAUUACUCAAAUACAUUUCUAUCCAGCUCUGAAACAUAAAUUGCUUACUGAUGUCCUGUUCCAAAUAAUUUAGCAUGGUCAGUUCCAGUGAACAUGUUUCCAUGAUUUGUUUAAAAGAAUAUUCUGGGUUCAGUACAAGUCAAGCUGAAUUGACAGCAUUUGUGGCAUAAUGUUGAUUACCAAAAAAAGUCAUUAAGUCUCGUCUGUCCAUUUACAGUGAGGUACUUACAAUGGCAGUGAAUGGGGCCAAUUUAUGGAGGGAGGGAUUACGGAGGCAGAAAUGUGAAGUUUAUAAUUUUAUAAAAGCAUUUAAAUGAUUAUGUUAAAACUCAUUAUUUGAGCUGUGAAGUUGUAGUUUUAGGGUUUGUUGACAUUACAUCGUCAUGACGAAGUUUUUUUAAAAUAUAUAUUAAUUUACACAGAAAAGGUCAAAAAAACCAAACAUGUUAACAUGUAUAUUGUUUACAUCUUGUGGCUAUACUUUUGAAACAAUGAGUAAUUUAACGUUUAUGGAUUGGCCCCCCAUUCACUUUGUAAGUGCCUUACUGUAACCCAGAUUUUUGCUGCUUUUUCCUCUCUCGCUCUUUUUUUUUUUUUUUUUUUUUUUGUGGUAAUCAGUGUUAUGCCAUAAAUGCUGUCGAUUGAGUUUAACUCCGGAACAUCCCUUUAACUGUUAGCUUUCAACUAUUGUCAAUCCCUGUUUCUUGAAUAAAAGUGAUAAAUACUUCCUGAUACAA